UUAAACAGCAUUCGAACGUAGGAGUCGGAUAUUGAGUCAGAGAACACGACGAUAAUCAUAGACAAACGUUUGCGCGUUAGUUUUGGUGAACUGCUUUUUUAAAAACACAUUUCAAGGCACUACACACGCUUUUUGUAGAAACUUAGAUUUUAAAUUUUGAAUACAUACAUAUAUAUCACAUUUGUCAUACGCCUGUUUGGUUGCUUCAUAGCAGGCUACGUGUGGUUCAUCGCAUUCCGAACGUCUGACUAACCAACGUAACGCGAAUUUUCUUGCUGUUUUUCUUCAACUGUUGAAACAUCUUUUUAGUUAACUUAGAAGACGUUGUUUUAAGAAACUCGGUUCUAUUUAGAUGGCAAGCUUCCCAGAUUUUGUUAAUGAAAAUGAAAUAGGUAAAGCUAAGUUCAUAGGUGAACUCUUAGCUCCAGCUGCUCCCUUUGACCAAAAAUCCGGGCGGGAAACCUGGACUGUGGCAUUCGCGCCAGAUGGUUCCUAUUUCGCUUGGUCACAAGGGCAUCGGAUUGUGAGGCUCGUACCAUGGGCAAAAUGCUUGGCCAACUUCACUGUGGGAAAGGAGGAGCGUUCGCCUGGAGCGGGGCCGCGGCGUCUGUCUCGACAGAACAGUGACGGGCAGCUGUCGACGGGUGAGCUGCGCGAACACACCAUCGACUGCGGGGACAUUGUGUGGGGCCUGGCCUUCGGCUCCUCGGUUCCCGAGAAGCAGAGUCGUUGUGUCAACAUCGAAUGGCACCGCUUCAAGUUUGGGCAGGAUCAGCUACUGCUGGCCACGGGCCUGAACAAUGGACGCAUCAAGAUCUGGGACGUUUACACAGGAAAGCUUUUGCUGAACCUGAUGGAUCACACAGAGAUUGUUCGGGACCUCACAUUUGCCCCAGACGGCAGUCUAGUAUUAGUCUCUGCCUCCAGAGACAAGACACUACGGGUCUGGGACCUCAAAGACGAUGGUAAUAUGGUCAAAGUGCUGCGGGGACAUCAGAACUGGGUUUACUGCAGUGCCUUCUCUCCAGACUCCUCCAUUCUGUGUUCAGUGGGCGCGGGAAAAGCGGUCUUCCUGUGGGAUAUGGAUAAGUACACGUUGAUUCGUAAGCUGGAGGGUCACCACAAUGAUGUGGUGUCCUGUGAGUUCUCACCUGACGGCGCCCUGCUGGUCACUGCCUCCUAUGACACCCGCGUCAUAGUCUGGGACCCUCACGUUGGCACUGUGCUACUGGAGCUGGGGCAUCUCUUCCCCCCACCCUCCCCCAUAUUCGCAGGCGGUGCAAACGACCGCUGGGUUCGUUCAGUAGCGUUCAGCCACGACGGGCGCCACAUCGCUAGCGUUACCGAUGACAGGCUGGUGCGGUUUUGGUGCAUCGAUGAGAAGUCUCCUCAGGCCAUUGCCCCUCUCACGAAUGGACUCUGCUGUGCUUUCUCCACGGACGGAAGCACCCUGGCUGCUGGGUCCCGAGACGGCAGCGUGCAUUUCUGGGAGUGUCCACGCAGCAUUGCCAGCCUACAGCACCUGUGUCGAAUGGCUGUCCGCAGAGUCCUGUCCACGCAGCAGGUCUAUAACCUCUCCAUCCCCGCCUGCAUGCAAGACUAUCUGGCCUACAAGACCAUGUAGCCCACACACACACACACGUGCACUGCUGCAUGUACGACUCAAACCAAUGAAUAUCCUUUCUUAAAAAAAAAAAAAAAAAAAAAAGAACAGGCAAAGAAAAAAAAUCACAUAAGCAAAAACACACAGAAAAAAACAACAAAAAAAAAUCCGUUAUUUGCUAUUCAUUCAGACCCCAUGCUGUUCUUGAUGUGAGGUCACUGUUUUAUAUUUAUUUAUUUUUGUAAGAUUAUUUUGUGCGGUUGGGAAGCGUCCGAGUUGUUUUUGCGUGCUAGUUUUUGUAAAAGCAUUUCUGAAGGCAUCCCACACCUGACAGGCCUUAUGGUAGCCGUCUGUCACCUCUGUCUGCUUUCUCUCUCUCUCUGGACUGACUCAGAGUCAACCACCAAAUCUGCUCUAUAACACGCAUGAUUCAACUUUAGAGAAAUGUUUCCUGUAUUGAGAACAGCUUAUUUUUGACUACAGAGGGGAAUGAAUGAGUAAUAACGCUUUGUCAAAAUGGUGCUUUCUCCAUUCUAAAGGGGAGUAGAGGACAGAGUGGGAGAAUCCCUAUUCUCUGGCCGUGACACAAGGGAGAAUGAGGUGUGUGUGAAAGAGAGUGAGUAGGUUGAGUGUUGCAAGCUGCAUAGUUUCUGUAAGGGUUUAAUUUGGGGUUAGUGUGAGAGAGGAGGGGUAUGUAUGGAUUGAAGAGAGUGUGUAUUUGUGUGUGUGCGUAGGUGGCUGUGUGAACGCCUCCUGCUGUAGGAGUGUGUUUCAGUAGUUCAGGAAUGUGAACCAGUGCCUCCCUUUUGUGCCUCUUUAGAAUCUCUCUCCCAGUGCUUCAGCCUCAGUAUCUUAAAUGUUGCCUCAUUUUAGACUUGAUUAAAAACCCACUUUCAUAAAAACAAAGUCUUGAACGCACGAUUCAUGGCCUAAUCUCUCUCUCUCUCUCUCUCUGUCUCUCGUGGCAAAUUGUAUAUUUCUACCUGUACAGAGAUUUGUAUAGACACUUAUGUGCCCAAAUAUGUGAGUAUGGUUAUGUAAAUAAGUCCAGGCCUUUUUCAGUGUUGUAAUCUGCUGCUUUUUUUGGGAUCUGAGAAUAUACUGUAUAAUGCUUGUUAUACCAGUGUGUUGACAAUUCUCUUAUAAUGUGAAAAAUCUGUAGAUGAAUGAGGAGUGUUUUAUAUUGAAUAGCAAUGGAAGUGUAAUCUCAGCCUCCUGUAGAAAUUGCCAGGCUGUGGGUGGAAUGUUCUAGAACGGCUGUUGCUGUGGCGUAAAACCCCGUCUGAUGUGCAGAGUCACUCCUCCACAAUUAUAUCAUGGUCCUGUUGGCAUCCAGGCUUGUAGAGACAUCCUGCGCUGUUCAGUUUCUGAUGCUGUACAGUAAAGUCACUAACUGUCUGUACCUGUGGAAGCUCAGGACAGCUGUCAAAGCUCCCUUUAUUUUAGCAACAGGCCACUAGUGUUUUGGCUACUCAACUCAAUACAGAGGGACUUAGCAGAGGCAAAGGAGAAGAAAGAAAGGAAAAAAAAAAAAAAAGACAGACUAAGUUUGUAAAGGUUUGUAAAGAUUUUCUCAUCUACCUCCUAGAUUUUGCUGGAGUUACCUGUUCACAAGGAGGGAGG